AUGUCUUUCCGUAAGAGGAACGUCGUUAUCGGGGGCGCAGGCAACGGCGCUCCAGCUUCUGCUGUCCCCCGAAAAGACAAGGCUCUGGCUCCAGGUAUAAGGCCGUCGCCUCUCGAUGGACGGCUCACUACAUCGACGGGCACCUCGUCGCUCGACCAACUACUUGCUGGUCAUUCUGGGUUUCCCCUGGGCACAUCACUCCUCAUUGAGGAGGCCGGAACCACGGAUUUUGGAGGCACUUUGCUCCGCUACUAUGCUGCCGAAGGGCUAGUACAGGGACAUGAAGUCCAUGUUCUGGGUUACGAUAGCAACUGGCGCCGUGAGCUGCCAGCGCUUGACCUUACUGGAGGAAGCAAGUCCCGCAGCAGCAAGAAGGAUGCCCCAGUAGAUGACAAGAUGAAGAUUGCAUGGAGAUAUGAGACGUUUGGCAACCCUCAAGCUCGAAACCCGUCGGUCCCAGGUAUGCCAUUAUAUCAGUCCCUGACUCAUAUCCAUGAUGGAAAUUCGCUGACCUGUGGUCGUCUACAAGAUUCUAAGCCGUCUUCGGUACCCACGCCUGGUGGAGGAACCUUUUGCCACAGCUUUGAUCUCACCAAGCGGCUAGAGAGCAGCGCCAUCCAGGGCAAGCUUCACGCUAUGCCCGGCGCAGAUGUUCUCUCAGCGUCGCCGCAAACUCCCUUCAAGCGAUUCGUGGCCGACGUGGUUUCCAAGAUCAGAAACUCUCCUCCCUCGACGGUCCACAGGAUCGUGGUGCCCAGUCUACUCUCGCCCACGCUGUACUCGCCCUCGGCUUGCAAACCCCAAGAGUUUCUUCACUUUCUCCACAAUCUGCGUGCCAUACUUAGACAGUUUCCUCAUCAGACAACUGCUAUGAUCACAUUGCCUGUCUCAUUGUAUCCUCGAUCAACGGGUCUCACGCGCUGGGCCGAGCUCCUUGCGGAUGGAGUCCUCGAAUUGAUCCCGUUGCCCCACCAAAGCCAGAUGAGCCGUGAGCCCGGCGAGAAGGAGAAAGAACAGGGUCUUCUACGAGCACACAGCUUACCCGUGUUCCACGAAAAGGGAGGCGGCCUGGAAGGAUCCUGGUCCCGGGAAGACCUGUCUUUCAAGCUCAGCGCUUCCAGCGGCAUGGUCAUCACACCGUACAGCCUGCCGCCAGUAGGUGACGAGGAGGAGGAGGAAAAGGCCAAGGCUGCGAAAUCAGAUGAGAAGAAGAAGAAAGAAUCACUUGACUUUUGA